AUGACCGACGCCAACACCCGUGCAAUCCGGAGAAAGCUCGUCAUCGUCGGCGAUGGAGCAGCAGGAAAGACGUCACUUUUGAACGUGUUCGCCAUCGGCGAGUUCCCAGAGAACUACGAGCCAACCGUGUUUGACAACUACGUCACGGAUAUUGAGCUGGAUGGUAAGCCAAUCCAACUCGCACUCUGGGACACGGCCGGGCAGGAAGAGUACGAGCGCCUGCGUCCACUGUCGUACUCGAAGGCGCACAUUAUCCUCAUCGCGUUCUCGGUCGACACCCCAGAUAGCUUGGACAACGUGACGCAAAAGUGGAUUGAGGAGGUGCGCAGCAUCUGUGGAACCCAGAUCCCGGUGAUUCUCGUCGCGUGCAAAUCGGACUUGCGCGACCGGGCGAUCGAGAACGGGACAUACUCUGCCGAGAAUUUUAUCGACACGGAGACGGGACGACGUGUGGCACAGUCGAUCCGUGCGCGCGGGUACUACGAGACGUCUGCACUACUGAACCAGGGCGUGGACGCGGUGUUUGAGGCAGCCACCCGCGCGGCCAUGGGCGUACGCGACCAGGGCUAUGGCGGUGUCGGCGGCGAGAACACGGCGGUCGGAGGCCGCCUCCGCCCGGAGAAGGAGGAGGCCUCCGGAUGCGGCGGCACGCACACGACCCGCAUUGUCGCCAUGAUUCCCCACGGCCUCACGGCUCGCACACAUACACGUCCGCGAGCCACGUCCCUCCUUCACGAUCCUGGCCAACCCGCCGGCUGGGGCGCCGGUGCACGACGGCGCGCCUUCCUGUAUCAUAUGUCCUAG